CUUAUCACUCUGACGAUACAGUAUUUGUGAUCUGCCAAGUGUCCAGUGGAGGUAUAUGACGACAGUUGGGGAGCACUGAGCGAGAGCAGGUUCACAGACAGACCUACAAGUAGUCUAAUAUAGCGACUCAUGUGAACAAAGGAUAACUCUAGGUACAAGAUUGGCAUGGUCCCUGGGCCGUGAGAGACGCAGCUCAGAUGCAUUUCUGGAUCGACAAGCGCAGUCAGACGUGUGGCUUCAGUGGCCGGCAUCGAGUGCCCACGUCCCUAGGCGGGGGUCGGCGGUGGCGCGCCAAACCUAUGGUGACUCCGGUUCACCGGUUCCAACCAGUAGAGUGUGUCGCCGGUCACCCGCACAUGCGCCGGCCCAACCGCCAUGGCUGCUCUUCUCAACCGGCUUACAGACUGAACAGCAUCAGUGUGGACUCUGAGCUGGCAGUGCGGCCCGGCCACCUAGAGUUGGACAGUUCAGUGUUCCUGGACCUGCCACUAGAUGGCACCACAGAGGACCAGACGCACGUCGUGUUACCGGACCUGGAGCCUGUAGGCAAACUCAAGUGUGGCAUGUGGACAUCCUUCGCAUUGGCAACCGUGCUCAUUGUUGCUGCCAAGUUCUACUUCAACAAUCAGGAGACUGCAUUGGAGGUACUGAUUUUUGCUGCUCUUAUGAUAGUAUUCUUACUCGCUGGAUGCACAAUCUCUUUGUGCCGAUCUAAAGCAACGCGAGACUUGUUGUCGGCCGCUGUUACAGCAUCCGCAGCCUACGGCCCUGCCCCGCCCACUCUGCAAGUGAUCCACCCUGCCCCGCCUCCCCCCGCCCAGCCUCUAACUGAACCUCCACCUCCACCCUACCAUAUCGCAAUACUCCUACCUCAGCAACCAAACGCUGAGGAAAUGCCACCUCCUUCUUACGACAAGGCUGUCAGUUAGUUUUCAUUUAUCCACAAAAUUACUUUCAAUCAGUAUUAUUAGCAUAAGUUAUCAAUAAACAUGAUUUCCUGAAAGAACAAUCAUAAAAUGUGAGUAUUAGUUUGUGAAGAUAAUGGUUGAUUGCAGGAUAAAUUAAAGAAAUAAUUGAAGAAAUAAAUUGUUAACCUUACAAAAUGUAAGGGAAUACAGUGGAGUCCCGAUAAUCCGAACCUCGGUAAUCCGAAAGUCCGCUUAAUCCGAAACAAAAAAAAAUAUAUUUUUUAAAUAAAAAAAAAAUUAAAAUUUUAAAACUUUUUUGAAAUUUUUUGAAAUUUUUUUGAAUUUUUUUAAGUUUUUUUGAAGUUUUUCGAAACUUUUUCAAAAUUUUUUGAAUAUUUUUUUAAAGUUUUUUUUAUUAAACUUUUAACACAGUUAGCUCUACCUUGUCAACGUAUUCUGUAGCGGCCGGGCGAGAUAGACUUUUUGUAGAGUAUUUUAUUAAAUAUUUCACCAUUUUUGUUAUUACUGUAACAUUUUUCAUUUUCGUCCACCAAAUCACAAAUGGAUUUUAUUACUGUAAGUGAUAAUGCUGCAGCCACUAGGUCUAGCCUUAAGUAAUUUGAAAAACAAUCCCGGGCUCGUGCCUGCGUCCUAAGACAAAAAAAAUUUCAAAAAAUAAAAAAAAAAUAAAAAAAAAGUUUAAUCCGAAAUAUUCGGUAAUCCGAAAUGGGCCCGGUCCCAACCAUGUCGGACUAACGGGACUCUACUGUAAUAGUUUUACUGUUAAAACUAACAGUAAAUGUUUCACCGCAAUUUCCUUACUAUUGAAAUAUUGAAAAUAUUGAAUUAAUGAUUUAGUGGGAGAAUUAAACAAGGUUAUCAAAUUUAUAAAGUUGUUACAAUAUGUCAUAUCUGAUUCCUUCUUUCCGUAUAAUUAACAAUAGAUUACAUAUUUAUAAAUAUAUAAUCAUGAUGAAUAAUAUAUAUUUUAAAUUAAAUAACUUUGAAAUAUUUAUAAAUUAAUUAUAUUGGAGAAAUAAAUACCUAUUUAUUAUUCUACAGGAAAGCAUUUUCAAAGGAUAAAAGGUCAAGAUCAUGUCAUGAUGAAAGGGAAUUUUGACCUUUGUAAAGAGUUCUUUUGUUCCUAGCCCUGUGAUCCUUUUAUACCACUCAGGAUUAGCCUAGUUGAGUACACUCCCACGUCUCGCCCUUACUUCGCUUAAAUUUUUACACAAUUUUAUAUGUUUACAUAGAUCAAAGUAUUAAUAAAUCUUAAUCUAAAAAUCUUGUUUCAGGACAAAAAACAAGCUCAGGCUUUGAAAUAAUACAAUAAUUUUGCUAGCAAAAAAAGAUGUGCCACUUCGUAUAUAGUUGUUGUUACAUCAACUAGAGCCUUGAAACUUAAAACUGUACCAAUGUAACAGCGAGAUUUAAUAUUCACAUACUGUAAAUUUAGUCUGCAAUUUAGCCAUGGUCAUUCUUUGUAUCAUUAAAAUUUUACAUUGGCAAGUCAAAUGCAAUUUAAAAGACCUAAUAAAUUUCUUUACAUUUUUUUAGAGUUUUAAGACAUUUAUCUAGGAUUCCUGAGGAAUUGAAUAAUAUUAAAUAAACUAGGUAAUGAAUAUAUGUGUUGCAGUAUUGUUAUGAAUAUUUAAGUUCACUAGUAACACAAUAAUAUUUUACUGCGAUCAUACUGCAGAAACUUAAGAUGUUGUGAAAGUAUCACAAACAUUGUUUUUAGAUAAUGUAUUAUUGAAUUUUUAUGGUAAAGGAGCAAAACACUUACCAGUCAAACCUCAUUUCCCGACUUAAAUAUUUCUUGUUGUAUGCUUAUUGAGUCGACUUGUGUGAUAAGUAGAGAUUGGUUUAGGUUUGAUAACCACAGUCUUCUCAUACAAGCCUGUAGCUUUUAGUCAGAUAGACUGAUCUCGGGAGCAGAGUGUUUUGUACGAUAUUCAAUGUUUGUAAGACCUUUUAUAACACCUAACUAUUUUAGUUAACAAGUUACAUUUGAGUGUUUUGUGGUUAACGUUAGUUUGAUAUUUUUUAUAAAUAUACACAUGUAAAAUGUUUGCACAAAAUUGUGUCCCAUUUGUAUAUUGUAAUUUACAGAUUAACAGCUGAUUCUCACUUAAACAGUCGUAACUAACUGUUAGUCGAUUCCACCAUUUACCAGCCAAACCAAUGUUAAUGGCAGAAUUUGUCCAUGUUAGUGUAUAAUACAACCAGCCAUGCUAUAAUGCAUGAUCAUCUAAAAUUAUACAGUUACAUGUCAUUAAACAUUAUGAAAUGUUACCAUACAAUCAUUGAAAGCUUUUAAUUAAAAGUUUGCCAAGAGACAAUGUACAAUGUGUUACUAUUAGUUCUGGUAACAGUCAGUUUAGCGGCUGUUUAAGAUUGGUCUUCCACAUUUAAUUGAAUGAUAAUUUCUCAUAAACCAACUGUUGCUGUAAAACGUCUCCUAUGUCUAACCUUUUUACAGCAGAAUUUUCAGUGAUAGAAAAUAUUUUUACCAGGCUAAGACAUGGAAUUUUAACAUAGAAUUAUUUGAAUGUGGUUUUAACCCAAUUUUCAAAUUAAAAGAAUUAUAUUUCCCCCUUUAUCUAAAAUUGAAAGAUAUUUUACAAUAUUUCAAAGAUGAGUUAUACUUUGGGGAAUCACUUGCUGAGAUUAAAGUAAAAAUUAUCAAAAAAUUGGCACGGAAGCAAACAAGAAAAGAAAAAAAAACAAUCUGAAGAGGUGUUUUAUAGUUCUAGCCAUUCAUGAUGAGUAUGUUUAUAUGGUGCAACAAAAGUCAUAUAGUUACAUCAAGCCAGUUCUUAAUGUUUACAUUUACAAGUCUAAUCUUUUUGUCUAGUUGGAAAGCCUAAACAAUGCCAUUUUUUGUAGUCAUAGAGCAGUGGUUGUAAGAGCUAUGUAUAUGUGCGGUUGUUAUCCAGUCGUUUAAAAAAAUUAAUGAUUUAGUCAUGGCAAGUCAGCGGCAGUUCCGUGCUUUUAUUCAAUUAGGUCGACAUAGAGAGGUUCCGUCGUGAUUAUCUGUAUGGAUGAUUACCAAAUUAUACAGAUUAUUAUUCUAAUCCAUAGGGAUGAAAAUUAACCUCAAAAUUCAUACAACUGAGUGGUCAUACAUGUUCAAGGCAGCCGCUUAUUUUCAGGCUGGCCUACGAGGACUGUUUUCUACAGCAGCACGAACUCUAUCGAAUGUUUGUUGUCUGGCGUCCAAUCUGACUUUGGACGGCCUGUCAGCUUCCUUUUCAACGCAGGUGCUAUGCAACGGAACUUCUCCAUGUCGCCUUAAUUGAAAGAAUGCAUGAAACUGCCGCUGAGUAGCAAUGAAUGAAUUCACUAUUUUAUAAAAACGACUCCAUAACAACCGCACUAGCUCAGGUGACCACUGCUCUAUGACUACAAGAAAUGGCAUCGUGUGGGCUUUCCAACGAGCCUACUCCCACCAUUCUCGGACGACCUGUCGCUGAACAGUGCUUUGCAGAAAAUAGAUCAAGUUUUUUGCCGCAUCCUGUAUUUAAUUUUGUGUUUCAAAUAGAAAAUAAAAUUAUGUCACAUAACUUAUUGAAAGUGGUUGACUGUGGUCAUAUCUGGUAAUAUAAACAGUUAUACAAACAGCAACCGCCAUAUAAGCAAUGAUAGUGAUUAUAAAUAACAGGUACAGGUAUACGUUAUGUAAUAUAAAUUCAAAUUUAUAUAUUUUUUUAAUUAUUUUAAAGAAUAAUUUGUAAUGAGUUAUAGUAACAUAUACUUUUCAGGGGAAAUGAACUAAGGAGAAAAAUCACAAUUUGAGACAUAAAAUAAUGUUAGAAGACGAGCAUGUUUGCCAGCAAUAACAUACUUUCUCAUCCAUUGAAUAAAAAUGUGUGAGGUUAGACACAGGAAUAAUUUUGGAAUUUGUUUUGUUGAAAUUUUGAUAAUUAAUUGUAUACUAUUUGACAGUGUCCCAUCCAGUAAAAGUGUCCAAAGCUAGAAGGCGUUUUGGUGAAUUCUAGUCAGUAAUGUUAAUAUGUCUAUGCCUUCCAUAAUUUAUAUGUGCUCUCUUUUCUAUAUAAUUGAUAAGUAGAAUGUUUAAUUCCCAAGAAUUUAGAGGUAGGUAGGAAUCUGUAGGUCAUUACAAGUCUUGUUUGUUACAAUUGUAUUUUUGUGUUUUAUAAAAUGGUCUAGAAUAGUAGUGAUUUACACAAAGAUUUUGUUCCAUAUCUAAUAUGUUAUAAUGAACUGGUUUAAAGAAUGUCCAUAUCAUGGCAUGAAAAUGUAGUAUUUCAUUAUUUAUAAUUACCGUAGUUAUUAUUUCAUUAUUAUUAUUAUUAUGUUAUUGUUUUAAUUAAUUGUUUUUUUGUGUAAUUUUUUUAGAUUUAUAGUUACUAUGCGUUACAGUUUUGUCCAACUUUCAGAUGUAACUAUUGAACAUACCCUCAAACAUGAGGUACUAUGAGGAUAGUAACACGGUACUUAUACCUUCAGAAUAGUAUUACGUGAUAACGCUAUGUAAUUAGGGUACUUAAAAGCCACAGUGAUACAUUUAUUAUUUUAACAAUUUAUACAACACAUAAAAUGUGAAAUACUACUUAAUUUUUGUUCAUACCAAAAUGAUGAUUUACUCGAUGAUACAUAUGAUACUAAAAUCAAAAUGUGUAGAAAAUUAGGAAUUACAUUAUUAACUCUUUUAAAAAUGUUAAAAUUUUGUUUAAGCUAUUGCCAAGUUUUAUGAUUAUGGUUGGCUUCUAUAUUUUAAUUAAAAUUGUUAUUAUAUUGGAACAAAUAAAAUAAUCUUUAAA